AUGUGGGUGCCAGGAGCCAGCCAGAUGCCUCCUUCCACCAAGCUCUGCAUUGAAAUCAUCCUCGCACUGCUCUGCCAGGGUCGGCUCUGCCAGGCGCCCGUCUAUCGGAUCCAGGUCCCGUCCAACGUCACGGCCCAGCAGGGUCUCUGCGUCCUGCUCCCUUGUAAUUUCACAGCCAACUUCAACUCCUCCGGGGUCGCCUACAAAUACUGGUUCCUCAGGGACGACGACAGGGACACCAGCCUGGCUGUGGCCACCACAGAUCCUGACAAGGCCCUGCGGGAGCCUGGGGGCCGGAUCCGCCUGGUGGGGGAUGCCCCAGACGACUGCUCCCUGCGCAUCAGCGACGUGAGAGCCGGAGACAGGGACCGCUACUACUUCCGCUUUGUGAAGGGAGACUUCAAAUACAGCUACGUGGUGACCCAGCCGCUGGUGGACGUGACAGGUGAGGCUGGGGGGCCCUGGAGACUGAAGGAGAAGCCGGUGCUGGAGGUCCCCGAGGUGCUGCUCUCUGGACAGCUGGUGAAUGUGACCUGCCAGGCUCCAUGGACCUGCUCUGGGACCCCUCCCCAAAUCACCUGGACAGGGGGGUUCAACUACACAGCCAGGAACGUCUCGGUCACCCUGGCGAACGGCAGCGUCUCCUACAGCUCUGAGCUCAGCUUCACGCCAGCCCCGGGGGAUGACGGCAAAGAGCUCGUCUGCACCGUCACGUACCCCGCCGUGGUUGGGGUCUGCACCCGCAGAGCUGUCCGGCUCCACAUCCGCUGUGAGUGACCUCAUCCAGCUCUGGCGGGGGAGUGGGGUCUAGUGGUUAAAGGGAGCCGGAGGUUGGCAGCCCGGACUCCUGCGUUCUAUCCCUGGUUCUGGGAGGGCCGUGGGGUCUAGUGGCAGGGGGGAGGGCUGAGAGCCAGGACUCCUGGGUUCUAUCCCUGGCUCUGGGAGGGGCGUGGGCUGAGAGCCAGGACUCCUGGGGUCUAUAGGAGGGCACUGGGAUCCCAGGAGGGAAA